AUGUCGGGUGAUGUUCAGCCCAGGAAAAGGAAAGACAAGAAGAAGAAAAAAGAUGAUGCAGACCCAAUAAUUCCUGAGAAGUUACAGGUCCCAAUUUUCACCAAUAAUACUCUGAUUACUGAAGAUCUAAAUAUUCAUGUUCACAAAGAAGGAGGUACAGGUGGCGGAAUAUGCGCUAAACUUGUUUUCUUUAUUCUAUUUUCUGCGCUAGCCGUUCUGAUCGGACUGACAAUAACCGAACACAGAGGCCUCACUGAUAUUGAAACCUCCGAUCCGAACUCCAAAUUCUCCCAGUUGUUUGAAGGUUGGAUUGAUUCGAAUACUCACGAUGACCAUGAUAUAGAAGAGCACGGAUCAAUCGAAGAAGAUGAUCACGAAGACCAAGAAGACGACCACGAUGAAAAUUUAUCUGAAGAAUUGGAAGAUCAUCAACAACAUGACGAAGAUGACGACGAGCAUGAUGAUAAUCAAACCGAUGAUAAUUUAGAUGAUGAAUCCGAGGAAAAUGAUGAUGAAGGUGAUGCUGCUGGUGACGAUGACAUAAAUGAAAUAGCUGAUGAAGAGGACGAAGAAAAUCAUAGAAAACGUUAUUACAGAAAAGUAGCUGUUUCUGAAGAAGAACCAGAUGAACCAGAUCAAGAUGAAGAUGAUGCAGACCGUGAUCAAGAUGAUGAUGAUGAGCUAGAUGAUAAUGAUGACCAAAUUGAUCAAGAUGAGGAUGAGCAAAAUCAAGAUGAAGAUAAUCAAGAUGAAGAUGAUCAAGAUGACGAUGAAGACAAAGAUGAAGAUCUACAAGUUAGUAGAGAAAAGAGAGAUAUCUCUGAAGAAAAGUUCGAUGUGCACCAAGAUGAUGACGAUGAAUAUAAUGAAGCAGGGGAUGAUAUAAAAGAUGACGAUGGUGAUAAUGAUGCAGAUGAUGAUACUCAAGAUAUCGAUGAUGAUAAUGACACAAAUGAGGCUAAAGAUGAAGAUGAUGGCAGUAAGGAAGAACUAGUAAAGUCAGAUGAGAUUAAAGAUGAUCAAGAAGUAAAAGAAAAGGAGGCUGAAGAUACCGAGGAUAAACUGGAAAAGGCUGAAAAUUUACCUGAAAUCGAACCAGAUGAGGAUGCAGUAGGAAGUUCAGGCAUGGCUGUGAAAAUUGGUGUUGGAGUAGCACUUCUUGUGGUUGCUCAUCUUGUCUUGGUUAAGAAAUGGAGGACUGCAUCUGACGAUGAGGAUAAAUCAACUGACAUACCUUCAGUUCCAAAUCUUCAAGACAGAAGAAACACUAUUAUCAAUCCUCCAGCUUUUAAAGAAGUGGAACCUGAUAUUGAACAAGUUCAAGAAGACUAUUCUGAAGAAGAGGAUGAGGAGGAAGACGAAAAGGUAGUUACGAACAUAGCAAAAACCAAAUAUCAAGAACUUGCUACGGCAUACACUACUCGUCCCACUACCGAUACAAGUAGGCCAACGAAAAUGUACGAAUAUGAAGACGACGAUGAAGAAAUUGAAGAUGAAAACGAACAGGAAGACGAAGAAUUGGAAGAAGAGGAAGAAGACGAACAGGGGGAAUCAGAAGAAGGCGAAGGGGAGGAUUGUGAUGAGGAAGGAGACGAGGAAGAUGAGGAUGAAGAAUUGCUGAAACGUUUGGAAGCCCGAUAUGGAAGACUGCAAAAAGAUAAUGAAAAUAAGGCCGCGGAACAUAGAGAAUCCGAUUCUGAUAAGCAAUCAGAUGACGAUUAUGAUUAUACCAAUGUAACCAACGAAGAUGACUACAAAAUUAGAAAAGACAUUGAUGAAGCUCAGAGUUCUAUAAAAAAUAAUAAUGCUCUCGCUAUUGCACUUUUUGAUAAAAUCCUGCAAAAAUUCCCGUCCUCUCCCCGAUCUCUUUAUGGAAAGGCAUUAGCACUGGACGACCUUGCUGACAAAAAAAGAAGCAAUGAAAUACUGGAGAAAGCUCUGCAGUUAUAUGAAAAAGUCCUCAAGGCCGAUAAAGUUCCAACUGCUCUCUUCAACCUUGUAGCCGACAGAUGUAUAAACCGUUUAAGAUUUUUAGGUCAGUAUAGGAGAGCUAUAAAUUUCCACCAGUUAAUCAUAGACAAAUUUCCAAAGAAUCCGAAGCAUUUAAAUAGUUUAGGGGUAACAUAUUUGACGAUGAACAGGGUAGAAGACGCAAGAUCUGUUUUCAAGCAGGUUCUCACCAAAUGGCCUGAGGAUGGCUUUUCUUUAGUGCACUACGGCUUUAUAUUAAAAACCGCUGACAAUAAGUUCGAAAAAGCUAUACAUUAUUUAGAAAAGGGGAUUAAUACUAAAGACGAAGGUGUGAUAGAUGGAAGAUUUUAUUUCCAUUUGGGCGAUGCCCUAGCCCGUGUUGGCAGAAAUAGCGAUGCUAUAAAGAUCUACGAAGAAGGUACAAAAAACAAAGUAUUUCUUUCGAAAUAUCAAAGAUCGUUGUACAACGUUCCACGCUUGACCGCCAAUCCUUGGUGGUCACCGAAAGACCUUCCGUAUCCAAACUCUUUCCAGCUCCUCACCGACUCGUGGAGGAAAAUUAAAGAAGAAGGCCUGGCGAUUUUGAGCGAAACUGGCUUCUUUCAAGACGAAUCCGAAAACUUGAAGGACACCGGUGAAUGGAAGCAGUUCGAAUUGUUCGCUAGAGGACAAAAAAACGUAAAAAAUUGCAAGAAAUGUCCGUUUACUUGCAGCGUCAUUGAUCGUAUACCGGAAGCUAAAACCUGUCGAAGAGGUCAAACGAAAUUUAGCGUCAUGCAUCCCGGUACUCAUGUCUGGCCACAUUGUGGCCCGACGAAUUGCAGAAUUAGGGUCCAUUUGGGGUUAAAAGUACCGCCUAGUACCUUUAUCAGAGUUGCAGAGGAUACAAAGAGUUGGAAGGACGGCGAACUGUUAAUCUUCGACGACAGCUUCGAACACGAGGUGUGGCACAAUGGUACCGAAUUCCGAUUGAUUUUAAUAGUAGACGUUUGGCAUCCAGAAUUAACACCGUCCGAAAGACACAAUCUUUCGCCAAUAUAA